UGCGCGGGCAGCGGCGGGAUGGCCUCGGCUGUGUUUGAGGGCACCUCGCUGGUGAACAUGUACGUGCGGGGCUGCUGGGUGAACGGCAUCCGGAGGCUGAUCGUCAACCGACGCGGGGACGAGGAGGAGUUCUUUGAGAUCCGCACCGAGUGGUCGGACCGGAACGUCCUUUACUUGCACCGCAGCUACUCGGACUUGGGCCGCCUCUUCAAGCGCCUGCUGGACUCCUUCCCGGAGGAUCGACCCGAGCUGUCACAGUCCCCCUUCCUCCAAGGCUUAAUUACAAUUAAAGAGUCUCAUGAUAUAGAAGCCAGGCUGAAUGAGGUAGAGAAACUCCUCAAGAAUAUUAUAAAUAUGCCUUGGAAGUAUUCCAGAUCCGAAGUUGUCCUCACCUUUUUCGAAAGGUCUCCUUUAGAUCAAGUAUUAAAAAACGACAACGUCCAUAAAAUACAACCAAGCUUCCAGAGUCCAGUUAAAAUAUCUGAAAUCAUGCGUUCUAAUGGAUUUUGUUUAGCUAAUACUGAAACCAUAGUUAUUGAUCACAGUAUACCAAACGGCAAAGAAAGGCACUUGGAUGCUGAUUCAGCAGAACACUUGUUCGAAAAUGUUAGUGAAUUUACCUCCGAGUUGCAGGACACUGAUGAUCCAACAGCUUAUGUCACCAACUUGUCCUACUAUCAUCUGGUUCCAUUUGAAACGGACAUUUUGGACUAAGACUGUCAAGCAGACUUCCUGGCUGACAUCAGGCAACUGCCCCAUAGCUUUGCACUGAUCAUGCCUACUACAAGUUUAGGAUGCAAGACCGAAAAGGAUUCCUACAAAUGUAAACCUUGAAGCUGAUUCUUCACAGUGGCUCCCUGGGCCAACUUGCAAGAAUGCUUUUCUCCUCUAAUGGACAAAGAGGUUUUUUUUUAUAUAUAUGGCCAAAAAGAAUGAAACAAGGACAUCAAGUGCUAAGUUGGUUCAAAGAAUAAGUGAUGCAGUGGUUUUCACACACUGAUAAAACUUUGAUGAUACCAAAAAGGAAACAAAACAUCAGCGGUACCGAUAUUUACAGUGCUAAAUGCAAAGAAACUUCAUGUUCCUUCUCUAUCAAGCUGUCUCUAAUCCCACCCAACAUUUUGAACCUUU